UUUCCGGUUCAAAGUUAUGACUUGACUGGUGUUUUGGACUUGUCUGGUAGGAAUGGAGGCCUGGAUUUUAGCAAGUUUAUAAUGGGUGUAAAAACCAAGUGAUUGGAUUAUUUUAGUCGUUCAUCUUUUCCAGCUUCAAUGGUCAGAUGCUGCAAUUGACACACCGUGAAUGGCAUAUCUGUUAACAGCUGGGCCAGCUAAAAUCUUCCUUUGGAUUUGCAUUUUGAGUCCACAAUGGGUAGCCACUUCCGAAGCUACAUCUGGGACCCUGUCCUCAUUGUGUUUCAAAUUGUGUUGAUGCAAUGCAUCUACUACAGCUUUCUCGGCUUGUGGUUGGCAGGAGUGGACUGUCUUGUGCCAACACAUAGCUCACUGGACCAGAUCUUCAGCUAUGAAGUCCUUGGUUUUGCAUCGAUACUGGGCAGGCUCUCAAUGAUGGCGUUCGUUCUGAACUCUCUUACCUGCGCACUGGGCUUGUGGUUCUUCAUCCGCCGGGGCAAGCAGUGCCUGGACUUCACUGUCACGGUGCACUUCUUCCAUUUGAUCAUCUGUUGGAUCUAUAAUGCUCGCUUUCCCUCUUCGCUCUCGUGGUGGCUCGUCAACUUGGCCUGCAUGGCGUUGAUGGCGGUCAUCGGCGAGUACUUGUGCAUGCGGACCGAGCUCAGGGCCAUCCCAGUCAAUUCUGGACCCAAGUCGAACCUUUGAAUUGUUUUCGUGGCACCCUGCUGAAAAUGGACAGUUUGGCACAUGUUGGACGAACUUUUCUCACAGGACGAUAAAGAAAGCGAACAUGGCACAUGCAUUGGACUGAUUUUUAUGGAUCUGCUGUACAUCAAAUGGCCUAUUUAUUAUUGACUUUCCAUUAAACUAUGGACUGUUUUGUUCUGUGCAGGAAUUAAGACAGACUUAAAUGUGUCUCAGAGAGGAUGUUGGCUGCAUGUCCUCUUUGCUAUUUUUUUUUCUUUUGCUUAAAUAUAUUUGCUCUCAGAGGGGGGAAAAUGUGUAAACUUAAUUAUAGUCAAACGUCUGUGACUGCAAGCUGGUUUGAGUUGACAGCAAACAUU